AUUUUGGUUUCUGGAAACUUAUAUUAUUAUUUGACAGUGUUCUCCGACCUUCAAAUGAAUCUUCUUUGGUGUUGUGAUUAUUUUUCUAUAUUGUAGGCACACAUCUUUGAGUUGCCUGAAGAAAAGCUAUGCCUCUCUUUCCUUUCCAACAAUAACACGGGCGAAGACGGAACAGUGAUCUUCCGAGGGGAUAAGCACUAUGUGCCUAGCCGUUCUGUCUCCAUUAUUUGGGGUUACCGAGGAGGGGGUGAACCAAACACAAAAACAUCAGCUCAUGCUCGUGUGGUAUUUUAAGCCCUGCCUCUACAUGGACGCCGGCCUCGCUUCCGCGGUCACCACGCUCCGGACCUGCACCGAUGUCGCGCACGUGCUCGAGCAGUUUCGUCUCGCCUGGUGCGGCAAGCUCGUUCGGGACGCCCGCACCGUCGUUCCGUCAAGGACCUCUGCUUCGACCUCUUCAUCAUUAGGGGUGGAAACAGAGCUUUCAAUGCAUGCUGGAGGUGCGCGAUGUGAUCAAUAUUAUCCAUGCUUGAUAAAUGAUGACAAUGGUGAUGGCCAUGAUAUAUGGUCAAUAUUGUAUUGAUCUU